UAGAGUCAAAUAAGCUGUAGUGAUUGAUUCUGAGGGGGUCCCACUCCCGGCUCCGAGACCAGUUUUGCUAGUUGGCCUCCCAACCGCGGGCAAGAGGCGCGAGGGCAUGGCACAGCACUGACCUCGCUCGCGCCGCUCUACUGCUGGGACCUGGUCGCCAUGGCGACGGGUUGUACACUACCAUAGUUUCCCAGGCCGCGGGUACUAGCUGCCCGGUUGUUGGAGAGUGAUGGCCUCCUCUAAGCCACAGAGAUCCAGCUUCGCGACCACGUCGAGAACACACCUUCGGCCUUCAAGAGUGACCAUAGACGAGAACUUCCUAACAGAAACCUUUAAUGCUGAGAAACGCAAGCUUUCUCAGAAACGGAAGACACUGACCUCUUGUCAGUCCUCCAUUUGUGGCUACCUGUCUCCAUGGCCCACAUACACCAGCGGCCAGACCAUUCUGCAUAAUCGAAAGCCCUGUUCAGAUGACUACUGGAAGAAAACAGGUAGCUGGAAGCAGAGUACCCUGGGCACUACCAAGCCGAGGUUCCUGGAGCAGCUAGAGAACUACCUACGCAAGGAGCUCCUCCUGCUGGAUCUGAGCACGGAUUCUGCCCAGGAGCUGAGGCUACAGCCUUACAGAGAGAUCUUUGAGUUCUUCAUAGAGGACUUCAAAACGUACAAGCCAUUGCUAUCCUCCAUCAAGAAUGCAUAUGAGGUGAUGCUGGCCCACCAGAGGGAGGAGAUUCGGGCUCUGCAACCCCUGAAGGCCAAGCUUGUCACAGUGAAUGAGGACUGCAAGGAAAGGAUCCUGGCCAUGAGGGCUGAAGAGAGAUCUGAAAUCUCCAUGCUGAAGAAAGAGAAGAUGGGUUUGCUAAAACUCAUUGACAAAAAGAAUGAGGAGAAGAUCUCAUUGCAGAGCGAGGUGACCAAACUGAGGAAGAGCUUGGCUGAGGAGUACCUGCGCUACCUCACCGAGCGAGAUGCCCGCAAGAUCCUCAUUGCAGACCUGAAUGAGCUACGGUACCAGCGGGAAGACAUGUCACUAGCCCAGUCCCCAGGUGUCUGGGGGGAGGACCCCGUGAAGUUAACACUGGCUCUGAAGAUGACCCGGCAAGACCUGGCCCGCACGCAGAUGGAACUCAACACCAUGAAGGCCAAUUUUGGAGAUGUGGUGCCCAGGAGGGAUUUUGAAAUGCAGGAGAAGACCAACAAGGAUCUACAGGAGCAGCUGGAAAGCCUGAGAGACGACUAUGAAGAGGUUCGCAAGGAGCACGAGAUACUGCUACAGUUGCACAUGAUCACGCUGAAGGAACGGGACCAGUUUUAUACUGAGCUGCAGGAGAUCCAGCGCACCUCCACACCACGGCCUGACUGGACCAAGUGCGAAGAUGUGGUGGCUGGGGGUCCAGAUCGCUGGCACAUGCUGGCCGAGGGCAAGAACAGUGACCAGCUGGUGGAUGUGCUCCUGGAGGAGAUUGGCGAGGGGCUGCUCCGGGAGAAAGACUUCUUCCAUGGUCUGGGCUAUGAGGAAUCCAUCCUCCCCUCUUUCCUUCGGUUUGAUGGCGUUGUGGAGAACAAGAAGCCAACCAAGAAGGAUGUGAUAAACCUCCUCAAGGAUGCCUGGAAGGAACGUCUCACUGAGGAACAGAAAGAGAAGUUCCCGGAUUUCUUCUUCAAUUUCCUGGAGUAUCGCUUUGGGUCUGCUGAUGCCAUGGCCUGGGCUUACACGAUUUUUGAAAAUAUUAAGCUCUUCCGCUCCAAUGAGCUCAUGCGUCAGUUCUAUGAAAUCUUGAUGGAAAGGAAGAGUGAAAGUGUGUACAUCAAGCAGAAGGAGACGGUAACACAGCUGCUGAAGGAGUUGACAAAUGUUGACAGUCAGAACGAGGGGCUACUAACCAUGGAGCAGUUAAGCACUGUGCUCAAGAGCACCUUCCCCUUCAAGAAGGAAGACAAAAUUCAGGAGCUGAUGGAGGCAGGGGGCUGGCAUACCAAUAGCAGCAAUGCAGACUUGCUCAAUUACCGUGCACUGUUUAUGGAGGAUGAGGAGGGCCAGAGUAUGCCCUUUGUGUACAAGCUGUGGGAACAGUACAUGUCUGAAAAGGAUGAGUACCUACAGGAGCUAAAGCAAGAGCUGGGCCUGGAACUCCGUGAUGAAGUGACCCUACCCAAGGUACGUGAGACCCUGAUGACCAUCGAUCCCAGCCUGGACAAGCAGACCCUGAACAGCUAUUUGAGUCAGGCCUUCCAGGUCUCUGUGACAGAAGUGCCAGAGGAGAGUGAGGAGAAUGAAGAGGACAUUGUGGCACAGCUCCGGACUGUCCUGGAACGACUUCAAGUAGUCGACAUCAGGCGCAAGGGGCCUCGGGAGCAGGAGCCUGCAAUCUAGGGCCACUGUGGGCAGCUAACCCCUGGCUUUUAGUAUAAAAUUGUUUGUCUGAACCCAUGCUAUUCUCUGGGUUAUGCCUGGGGAGUUAAGGGGAGGAGCUGGUCCCAGGAUACUUAUCAAAAUACAACAUAUUCUCUCUGUGA